GCAGCGCCCAGUGAAUAGGGCCGUUGGUCGCCGUCCUGUUAAAAGCUAACGGUGCUUUGUAGUUUUCCAGCCCAAGGAGGGUGGCACGGAUCAGCGGGCUGAGAUCGGGUUUCAGGCUUGGGACUGCGCAGCCGCGGUCCGCGCAUGCCUGAAAACGCGCCGUAAUUAAGUUACGUGCGCGGCGACGCCUGGGCCGCCAUACUUGGGUUACGGGAGCUCGCAGAGGACAAACUCCCACGCGCUUUUCCGGUGUCUCUUCUUUCCUCAGAGUGAGGCAAGACCUAAGAGGCGCUAAAACUAGGUCCAAGGUAGAGAGCGGCUCCGGUUAGAAUGAAGAAAAUAACAAGGUUAUCUCCGGAAGGUGCCGGUUGAGGCCCUCACACGCGAGCGGGGUGGUGGCCGAAGACGCUGAGGGACGGGUGCAUUCUCGCCGAAGUUCAGUUGGGCGAUGCCAACUUAAGGGUGUGAGAGGGGUGGCAAGGAACUGAGAUUCACUCCGCGGAGGCUGGGCGAGUGUGGAAAUCCGAAGGGAGCGGACAGUCGCCGAAGGCCCCACUUCCUUUCCCCAGCCCGUCCCUCUCCGGCCAUGAGCGGUCUAGUGCGCACCGAGCCGCUGCGCGGGGAGCCUCCUCUGCGGAUGCCCGGCGACGCCUUUUCUGUGGUGGUUCUGCUGCAGGGCUACGCGGAGCCCGAGGGGGUCGGCGACGCCGUGCGCGCCGACGGCUCCGUGACCCUUGUUCUGCCCCAGGCCUGGGGCACGGCCUCCGGCCACCGAGAGCCCCCCCCGCCCGAGGGCUACGAGGCGAAGACCGCCCUGGAGGAGGCGGCCCGUGGCCCCAUCCUCGUGGACACCGCGGGGCCCUGGGCUCGAGAGGCGCUCCUGGGGGCCCUGGCGCGGCAGGGCGUGGCCCCGGGAGAUGUGACUCUGGUGGUGGGGACCCACGGACACUCGGACCACAUCGGGAACCUGGGGCUGUUUCCCGGCGCGGCCUUGCUGGUCUCGCACGACUUUUGCCUCCCCGGGGGCCGCUACCUCCCCCACGGGCUGGCUGAGGAGCAGCCUCUGCGGUUGGGGCCGGGACUCGAGGUGUGGGCCACGCCCGGCCAUGGUGGCCAGCGGGACGUGAGCGUGGUGGUGGCUGGCACGGCCCUGGGUACCGUCAUGGUAGUGGGCGAUGUGUUUGAACGUGAUGGGGACGAGGACUCGUGGCAGGCGCUGAGCGAAGACCCGGUGUCCCAGGAGCACAGCCGGAAGAGGGUCCUAGGCACUGCCGACGUGGUCGUGCCUGGUCACGGAGCCCCCUUUAGGGUGAUCAGGGAAGCCUCGGCGCCAGAGACAGAGAGUCUGGGGAACAGCCGGCCAGAUCUCGUGAUCGGAGACAAGGAGCCCACGGUGCACCGAUAAACCCCAGUCUUGACUGGAUUCCUUUCAGGGACCCCAGCCCCCCACCCCCAGACAAGGAACUGACGUCCAGGACACGAGAGGACGUGUCAGAGAGGAGUCAUGGGUUGUCACUUCCAGCCCUUCCAGGAGGCCAGUUUUCCAGCGAGGACAGAGUACUUUUGCCACAGCUGUCACCAGUAUCACUAGGACCGAGGACUGGCUCAGCUGUGUGCCACCUCUCGGGCUUCAUUAGUAAAAUGGGAGAAUGUUCUUGGGAGAGUCUUCCAAAAUAAAAGUAGAAACUGCAUUGAAAAUCAUACUGCCCUUCAACUAUUCUCCAAGAAAAAAGAAAAAAGAAAAAAAGUCAUACUGCCCUAAAUGUAAAUGUGAAGCAUUCAUAGUGAUAAUCAUGCAGAUAAAAUCCAACAAGUGCAACAAGGGGACACUUUGGCGAUACAUCGCCUGUUUCUCAGAGGAGGCAGCUUGCUGAGAGAAGGUGCAGGGCAGACAGGUAUCAUUCUAGUCAUCUGACUUUAAGUUAUUAAUUCGUUCAAUGAAUGCUGCUUAACACACCUGCAAUGUCUCAAGCACGGCUCGAGGUCACGGGGAUACAGCAGUGAGCAAGCCAGACAAACUCAAGGAGACAGGAAAACUGGACCUAUAUGAUCAGCUUCCUCUCCUCACAAGUCACUGGCAGACAUUGGCUGCAGAAUAACCCAGGCUUUCUUGGCCAGUUCUCUCCAAGAACAGCUCUCCGCUCCAGUUUGGCUGACUGCCUACCGCCUUUCAGAGACCCACAUCCUCCUCUCCUGCGGGCCUUUGAGCCCACUCCCCCCCCACUCCCCAUCCUCUCGCUUUUCUCCACCAUCUCAAACACCCAGGCUCAGCUCUCUCAUCUCCUACAGAAAACCUCCCCUGAAUGUGCCAACCUUAUUUUAAAGUCUAGCUAUGCCUUCUCUAUAUUGUUCACUUAGCAUUAGGUGAUACCUGGUGUUGGUCAUUAUUUCUGGAAAUGUCCUCUCCCCACUGUGCCCCUUGAGAGCAGAAGCUGCAAGGCCACUUGAGGUCUAGGCUCAGAAAUUGCACAAUAUCACUUACAUCACAUUCUGUUGACCAAAGCAGGCCAGCCCAGAUUCAGGGAUGGGGAAAUAGCCUCUCCAUCUUGACAGAAGGAGCUGCAAAGAAUUUGUUGCCAUUUUUUCUGUUGCAACAUACCACAAUGGGUUAGUGCACAAAUUGGUGAUGCUAAAAGUUCCCCUUCUUUUUUGGGGGGUGGGGUGGUUAUCCUAGGUUCUAUUUUUAUUUUUUGAUUUUUUAAAUUGAAUUGUAGUUGAUUUAUAAUAUUAUAUUGGUUUCAGGUAUACAACAUAGUGAUUCAAUAUUUUUAUAGAUUGUACUCCAUUUAAAGUUAUUACAAGUGGCUGUAUUUCUCUGUGCUGUACAAUACAUCCUUGUUGCUUAUUUAUUUUAUACAUAGCAGUUUGGAUCUCUUAAUCCCAUACCCCUAUUUUGCCCCUUCUCCCUUCCCUUCCCUCACUGAUAACCACUACUUUGUUCUCUAUAUCUGUGAGCCUGUUUCUGUUUUGUUGUAUACGUUCCUUUUCUUUUCCCGCCUUUGGCUGCGCUACGUGUCUUGUGGGAUCUUAUUUCUCCGACCAGGGAUCAAACCCAGGCCCCGACAGUGAAAUUGCCAAGUCCUAACCACUGGACUGCCAGGGAAUUCCCGUGUUUUGUUAUAUACAUUCUUUUUUUUUUUUUAAUUUUAUUUAUUUAAUUUAUUUAUUUUGGGCUAUGUUGGGUCUUCGUGGCUGCAUGUGGGCUUUCUCUAAUUGGGCGAGCGGGGGGCUACUCUUCGUUGCGGUGCAUGGACUUCUCAUUGCAGUGGCUUCUCUUGCUGCGGAGCACGGGCUCUAGGCACGCAGGCUUCAGUAGUUGUGGCAUGUGGGCUCAGUAGUUGUGGCUCGCGGGCUCUAGAGCACAAGCUCAGUAGUUGUGGCGCAGGGGCUUAGUUGCUCUGCGGCAUGUGGGGUCUUCCCGGACCAGGGUUCGAACCUGUGUCCCUUGCAUUGGCAGGGAGAUUCUUAACCACUGUGCCACCAGGGAAGCCCCUAUAUACAUUCUUAAAUGCAAUCUUUUAUGCCUUCUCCCAUCGCCCAAAGCACCUGUCAAUCACAUCACAUCAUUCUCUCUUCACUUCCGGAAGGGGGCAGCACUUACUUCACAGGGAAAGCAAAGACCAUUGUCCCUGCUAUCUCUGCUUCAAGCCACCUUACCAGAAAACUCUGCAUCUGCACCCAGGCUCACCUCCAGAAGAGGGGUGAUUUACCCAUUUAUUGUGGGUAGCUGUAAUUCAUUCAUUUUCACAUGCGUAGUAUUCAAUUUUGUGAAUUACCAUGUAGUGUUGGGAAAACUAGUUACCACAUGCAAAAGAAUGAAAUUAGACACUUAUGCCAUACACAAAAAUUAACUUAGAACAGACUGAAGACUUAAAUGUAAGACCUGAAGCAAUAGACUCCUAGAGGAAAACAUAGGGAAAAAGCUCUUUGGCAUUGGCCUUGGUUGUGAUUUUUUUGGAUAUGACACCAAAAGCAAAGGCAGCAAAUGCAAAAACGAGUGAGACUACCUCAAACUAAAAAGCUUCUUCAUAGCAAAGGAAACAAAAUGAAAAGGUAACCUACAGAAUGGGAGAAAAUAUUUGCAAACUGUAUAAUUGGUUAAUGUCUAAAAUAUAUAAGGAAUUCAUACAACUCAAUUGCAAAGAAGCAACCCAAUUUAAAUAUUGUCAAAGGACAUGAAUAGACAUUUUUCCGAAGAAGACAUACAAAUGGCCAACAGGUAUAUGAAAAUGUGCUCAGCAUCACUAAUCGUCAGGGAAAUGCAAAUCCGAACCACAAUGAGAUACCACUUCACACCUGUUUAGGAUGGCUAUUAUCAAAAAGAUAAGAGAUAACAGGUGAUGGCGAGAUUGAGGAGAAAAGGGAACCUGUGUGUACUGACUGUUAGUGAGAAUGUAAAUUGGUAUAACCAUUAUAGAAAACAGUAUGGAGUUUCCUCAAAAAAUUAAAAAUAAAAUUACCAUGGUAAUUACCAUUACCAUAUGAUCCCAAUCCCACUUCUGGGUAUCCAAAUGAAAUGAACUCAGUAUGUUAAAGAGAUAUCUGUACUCCCAUGUUCACUGUAGCAUUAUCCACAAUAGCCAAGAUAUGGAAACAACAUAAGUGUUCAUUAAUGGAUGAAUGGAUAAAGAAAAUGUGAGAUACACAUAUGUAUACACACACACACAGGAAUAUUUUUCAGCCUUAAAAAAGAAAAUCCUGCCAUUUUUUGGCAGCAUGGGUGAACCUGGAGGACAUUUUCUAAGGGAAAUAAGCCAGACACAGAAAGGCAAAUACUGUAUGAUCUCACUUGUAUGUGGAAUCUAAAAAGUUGAACUCAUAGAACCAGAGGAUAAAAUGGUUGCCAAGGGCUGGGGAGUGGGGGAAAUGAGGAGAUGUUGAUCAAAGGGUACAAACUUUCAGUUAUAAGUUCUGGGGAUCUAAUGUACAGCAUGGUGAUUAUACUCAACACUGUAUUGUAUACCUGAAAUUUGCUAAGUGAGUAGAUCUUAGGUGUUCUUGCCACAUACACAAGAAAAAGGUAACAGUGUGAGGUGAUGAAUGUGUUAAUUAGCUUGGUUCACGAUGUAUACAUAUAUUAAACCAUCAUGUUGUACACCUUAAAAAAUCACGCUGUACAACCUAAAUAUAUACAAUUUUUAUUAGUUUUACCUCAAUAAAGCUGGGGAAAAAUAAUUUUUAAAGCAGUUAAUUUAAUAUUAGAUAUUGGAAUGACAAAUUCAAGUCAAAGCUGCUAACAAGAGCAAAAAACUAAAAGAAGAAAUUGGAAAGAUGGCCAAAAAGUAACAAAUGGGAAAGCUGGUUUGAAGGCCACAGAGACUGUGAGGAACAGUUAAUGGAUCUAAAUCAUAAGCAUGUUUGGCUCUGGGUUAGUUACCCCUAUUAAUAGCAACACCUUAUGGUUAAUUUAAAUGUGACCCAAGUAAGAUCCCUUGCUCAUUAAUCUGGAAUUGAAUUUUCUAUUAAUUUGGUACUGAAUUCAGAGGUUACCAAAUAGGCAUAGAAGAAUCCCACCUGAUAGUGGGCUUCUCCAAAGAAAAUUUUUGCUUCUGACAAAAAUCUAGGCUAAUAACGUCCUAGAGUGUGUUAAAUUAACACAGGUUGAGAUUUUUCAGACCAAUGGUUCUGUGAAUUUGGACUGCACAUCUACCUAAGGGCUGGCUUGUGGGUAUAAAUUCUCCAGAAAGAAUUUUCUCUGUCUGUUCUGGACCAAGGUCGAAGACAGUCAAAUUCUUUGAAAUCCUCUGCUUGAGUGUGGGGUGGUGGUCUCCAGGUCACACAAUAUGAGGGUGUAGAACUUUGAGACCCUGACUUUAUGCCAGGCGGGCAAUUUCCUAUUAGACUCACCACAUUGUCAAAGACUUCGGGGUUUGUAUCCUGCUCUUGGCUUCCUGCACACCAAAUCUCAAGUUUCUUGAGCUUGGCAAAUGCCCUCAAGGGGAAAGCAGUCUUUAGUGUAUUACUCUCUGAGUUCCCAGUUUCAUUUAGAUUUUGCCCUCUGAUAAUUCCUUUAAAAUUUGACAGAUUAUCAAUGCAUUUAUUUAUUUAUUUAUUUAAAGUAGAUAGAAUGUGUUUUUUUUUUAAAUAAAUUUAUUUAUUUAUUUAUUUUUGGCUGCAUUGGGUCUUCAUUGCUGCACGCGGGCUUUCUCUAGUUGUGGCGAGCGGGGGCUACUCUUUGUUGUGGUGCGCGGGCUUCUCAUUAUGGUGGCUUCUGUUGUUGCAGAGCACGGGCUCUAGGCGUGCGGGCUUCGGUAGUUGUGGCACGUGGGCUCGGUAGUUGUGGCACGUGGGCUCAGUAGUUGUGGCUCGCGGGCUCUCGAGCACAGGCUCAGUAGUUGUGGUGCACGGGCUUAGUUGCUCCGCAGCAUGUGGGAUCUUCCCGGACCAGGGCUUGAACCUGUGUCCCCUGCAUUGGCAGGUGGAUUCUUAGCCACUGUGCCACCAGGCAAGCCCAGAAUGUUUUUUUAAAAUUAAUUAAUUAAUUUUUGUCUGCGUUGGGUCUUCAUUGCUUCGCGUGGGCUUUCUCUAGUUGUGGCGAGCGAGGGCUACUCUUUGUUGCAGUGCAUGGGCUUCUCAUUGCGGUGGCUUCUCUUGUUGCGGAGCACUGGCUGUAGGCGUGGGGGCUUCAGUAGUUGUGGCACAAGGGCUCAGUCAUUGUGGCUCGCGGGCUUAGUUGCUCUGCAGCGUGUGGGAUCUUCCUGGACCAGGGCUUGAAACCACGUCCCCUUCAUUGGCAGGCGGAUUCUUAACCACUGUGCCACCAGGGAAGUCCUAUCAAUGCAUUUUAAAAUAUUAAAAGUAUUUUUGUCAUUUAAAAAUUUUGGACUUACUGAGGUAUAAUUUACACACAGUGAAAUUUACUUUUUAGUGUUAUAACUAUACAUUUUGAUGGACAUGUAAUUGCAUAACCACAAAUGCAAUCAAGAUACAAAAUGUUUUCAUGACCCUAAAAACUUCCCUCAUGAUCCUUUGUAGUCACCUCCCUCUGGCAAUCAUUGAUGUUUCCUUUUAAAAUAGCUUUACCUUUUCCAGAAUGUCAUAUAAAAAUAGAUCAUAGAGUAUGUAGCCUUCUGAGUUUGGCUUCUCUCACUUAGCUUAAUGUAUUUAAGAUUCAUCCAUGUUGUUAAAUGUAAAAGUAAUUUGUUCCUUUUUAUUGCUGAGUAGUAUUCCAUUGUAAGGAUGUACCAGUUUGUUUAUACUGGGGUUGUUGUAUUUGAAGGAUAUUUGGUGUAUAUUAAUUUUAUAAGAAACUGUCAAACUGUUUCCACAGUGGCUGUACCAUUUUGCAUUCCCAUCAGCAAUGUUUGAGAACUCCAGUUACUCCACAUCCUCACCAACAUUGGUUUGUAAGAAAAAGUCAUUU